AAAGCGUCAUGGACGCGUCGGUAACCGACGUCCGUCGCUCCAGUAUCGAGAAGAUGCGCAUUUCUCCAACUCCGCCUUUUGACAGACUCCCCGACGAGAUCAUUGAACAGAUUCUUCGACAAACUGACCCCAACGGCUUUGCGUCUCUUGUGCUCCUGAACCGCAAAUGGAGGGGUGUUUCUCAACGUGCUCAUCUUUAUCGCCAUCAGCUAUCGAGAUGUCCUUCAUAUUCGGCGAGCCAUCCCAUACCACCACAAUCGGACGACGACAAACUCCCCGAGUUGCGACGGCUUUUUGCUCGCGAAGUAAAGCGAAACCUCUUCCAGGCAUACCUACGGCCGAGGGAAACGACAUUUAAACUUAUUUCGACUUCAAUCAGCUCUUCAUCAUGUCCCGGUGGCGAGGGCAUGCAAUACAGUGCCUCCCCACAGGGGCACCAUCUUCUGGCAUAUAAUUCUGGCAGGAUUUAUGUGAUUGACUUAAAAGGUUUGAACCUGGAGGUCAAGAGGGAGUUGAAGAUUCUUCGUCGGCCUGUCGCCGCUUGCAUCAACGAUAAAGGCACCCUCUUGGCAGUCUUAUCUACUGAGAUGCAGGUUGACUUGUACGACUUGCAACAAAGCCCACCCCGUCGUUCAAGGUCUAUAAUUCUUGACAACACUCCCCGAACGAUUGCUUUAUCGCCAUGCGGUUCUGUUCUGGCUGCUGCUUAUGAAGGUGGCAUCGAGGUAUCGUCUUUAAGGCCUGAUGCGCUGGCCACUGAUCGAAGAGCUGUGAAAUGUGAUGCUGUUGACGCUCUGUCUUUCUCAUUUGAUGGGACUCAAAUUCUCGGAACUACUAUUCAUUCGGCGCCAUCUAGCACCGUGAUAAUUACAGCUCCAUACUAUGAUCCAGGCCCUCAUAUGUCCGAAGACAACCUGAGCCCCUUAUGGACGACGUCGAUCCUGUUCCCAAACACCAGUCGUGACUGCAGUCAUGCCGUUCUGCUUCAGGAUGGAAGCGAAGAGGAAGCAAGCUGGACUUUUACCUAUGACAGGAGUUUUGAGACCUUCCGAGCUGUUCGAAUUGAUGACCUUCGGAAUGGCACCACUUACUUUACUGGACCCGUACCAAGCGCAUCUCCACAAGCCAGUCUCAUUCCCUCCACACUCCCUUCUACGACAUAUCGGGGUGAACUAGUGUCGGCCGGAUUUCAAGGGAAGGAGGUAUGGAUAUAUGGCAUACCUGAGGACUUGGAUGCUGUCCCUGACAAUGUGUCAUCGUCAAGCGAUGGCUCAGCAUCUGGUUUAGGGAGACAAAAUAGUGAUCGGAGUGGUACAUCGCGACGGGCAUCUACGCGGAUCAAUAACCCGGAAGGUGUUAGAGUGCCUAAAUGGCAGAUUUUGUGCGACCAACUAAGAAACACCUUUGUUUCCGGCUUCAAGGUUGCCGAGCAUGGGGAAGUCAAAACAGUGAAAUGGGUCGCGGGGCAUAGUACCUCAUCUACUCAGGAGCGCCUGGUAAUUGCCGCUAGGGGGGUCGGAGCACCGCGGUUAGUGACUGAGGAGGAAGACAUGGAUUUUGUCGAUGGCGGUCGAGUUACACUCUUGGACUUUGACUACAGCAUCACGAACGGGACCAAGUCAGAGAUCAUCAUUGAGGUCGGCACUGAUAAUCCCGAGGUGCUGGAGGAAGAGCAACGCGAUCUGGCAACCGAAGUCGCCAUUGUGCGGCGGCGUACUGUCGCUCAAAGGCGAGGUGGCCGUGGCGGCUCGUCAUUGCUUCGGGCUGCUACGUCUGCUUCUCGACCUCGUGUAGCUCCUGAUGCUGCAGCAAUACCGGCGGUUCCACGAAUGCCGCUAAACGAUCGCCACAACAAUGAUGACGAUGAUCCUCUGCUUCCUCGAAGGAUUGGUCAGCUUCCAUCUCAGCCAGCAAAUAGUCGGGCAGUCGUCGAGCCAGUGAGCCCCAGUGAAGAUGGAGACACUCCUUCGAUUGAGGAAAUGGAGGCUUUAGAUGCCCCUUAUUCGCAUGCUAGCCCACGAUCCCAGACCACGCUUCGUCGUGCUGCGACCGCUGCCGCCGUCGACAGAUCCCUUCAUCCUCGAACGGCAGAUGGGCGACGUAUUGAGUAUCGCCGUGCUGAUGGCCGAAGAGAGCAUCCACAUGAGAGUGAUGCUGACAAUUGGGUACCUCCUCCUCCACCAUAUCAAAAGGAGGACCCAGGCCCCGAUUUGCCGGCCUUUAUGCGUGGCCCUUCUGUUGCUCCCAUAGGGCUUGGCGGUGCAUCUGUUCCCGCUCCAGCUCCAGUGCCAGCACUGCCAGAUCAUGCGAUAUCCGCCUCUGGUCGUCCCGGGACUGAGGAUCACCGAGGACCCAGCACCGACUCCAAAGGCGAGCAGCCCGGGAAACAACUUAUCACAGCAAGCCUCUGGUCAAUAUCCUCUACAAGAGGAUACCACUAG